AACUUUCUGUCUCAACCGUUAGUCUAAAAAAAGAGAUGUCUUUCUUCGAUCUUUAUGAACAGUCAUUAGAGAAUCCUAGUAAAAAUAAACAUUCCAAACUGACAGAAGAGGAGAAGCAUGCUAUCACAUGUGGACUUUUGCAUGCACAUUGUAUAGGCUGUGUUGCAAGAGACUGUGACAUCACUCCUGAUGGCCAAAGCAGUUGCUCUGUUAUCGAGUGUCCAUAUCUGUGUGGUCAGAAAUUUCACAGGUGUAAGCUUGAUGAACAUGAAAACUUUUGUAUGAGUAAGAAAGUGCCUUGCAUAAAUCAUAUCUAUGGCUGCCCCUUUUUGAUCCCCAGGGAACAACAAGCCCGUCAUAUCCCUGCAUGUCCUGCAAGUGUAGUUAAAUGUAUGAUCGAAUGGCAUAGGUGGCCAAUGCAUUCUAGUGACUUGUGUGUCAAAGCACCACUGCCUUUGAAUAAUCCACAUGUACAAUGUGGACAGUUAGAUGUAGCCCUGGCAUUACGAGAUCAACGAGUGCUUCUGAAAUCCAUGUCCGAUGAAAAGUCAAAGCCCACUGAAAAGGUAGAGGAAAAGUCAGGUGAUGUCCCUUGGGAAACAAACAAGUAUCCCCCUGGUCUUCAGAAAUCUCUCUGUCACGGUAUCUUCUCACCACCAAAAGAGAUUGAUUAUAGUGCCAAAGAACCCAUUAAUGAUGACAGAAAUAAUUAUGCUAAAGAACAUGCUUCCUCCCAGCUAGGGGAUCAGGGGGUGGAUUAUAUUUCCUCUCGAAUGGGUCUUGCUGGUCUUCGGAGAUUAAGCGAGAUUGAAAGAGAAAAACGAAAGCAGUUGGAAAAUUUGGCAACCAUUAGCCCUCCACAAGAGAAGAAAGUGGAAUUGCAGUCACCUGUCAUUCAAUUGAAAAAAGAGAGUACAGAAAACAAUGGAAGUGAUGAAGACAAAUUGAUUAACCUCUACAAUAAAAAAAUACAGCUUCAUGAACUUCUAGGUGUAUGCUUAAAUAUGGAAGGCUUUCCAAGUGGAACAAAGAUUUUCAAGUUUAGCUGCGAUCAGAAUUUCAGACGUGAUGAGAUAGCAUGGCAUUUUAAAAAUGUACACAAUGAAAUACAAAGUGGUUUGAAUGGUGUCAUGGAACAAAGAUGUCCUCUUGCUUACCAAGGUUGUAGCUUCACCCAUCGCAAGCUUAUUCCUCUUGUACCAAAGGGUAAAAUAGUUCAUAGCUCUCUAUUGGAAAGUUUUGGUCUAGUCAUAGAUGGGGGAAGUGAUGAAGAAAAUAUUGAAUCUAUAGAGGAUAUUCCCACUAGAGGAAGUAUAGAUUCAGACAAAAUGCGUCGACUACGAGAAGCAACUCCCGAAAUUGUUACGUCUUCCAAAUACGACUCCGUCAUUAAGGUGAUUCCAAGGUUUAGAAGAGUAUCAGGUCCAGAAGUUUCUGGUAAGGUAUAUCAAGAAAGAGAGGUCUUACACUUAACCAGUCUACCUGCAGAAAUCCUAGAACAUAUCAUUAACUAUCUGGAUGGCUUCAGCUUGAACAAUUUAUCUUUAACCUGUACGACUCUGAGACAGUUAUGUGCAGUGUUACUGCAACAGAAAGGGAUGGUUCGAAUGGUUUGGGAGAAGCAAGAAAAUGGUGAUUCAUGGCAUGUUACAAAAAAUAAGUGGAGUUUUAGUAACAGUAUGACUCCAAUCAGACAGUGGAAGCUAGUGGGUGAUGGUGUAAUGUCUGAACACCUUAUAGCCUGCCCAUUCAACCAAGAGAAAGACAAAAUUAUACACACAGAAAAAAUUAGGGUCAUGGAAAAUGUUGAUUUAAUGGAAACCACAGUAGAAGAGGUGCAAUAAUACAAGCAAGGAGAUGCCCAAAUGUCCAAACUUAACAAAUGUGGAAGUGGACAGUGAAAACUGCUGAUGAUUCUGUAAACGUACAUUUUUUCUCAGGGGUCAUAGUUCCAUAGAUUCUCAAUCUCUAUUCAAUCUGCGAGUAGAAAAUUAUGCAGGUUUCUGGCAUUGUCAUUGUAUGUCUUAUAUGCACUUUAAGUACGCUCUGACAAAUUUCUGCAAAAAAUUUGUUACCGUGUAUAUAGGGUAAAUUAAUCCCAAGCGGAAAAAUGUACGUCUACGGUAACCAUGCAGGUGUCUGAAUGCUAGCUUUACUUGUUAUAAUGGUCUUUCAAUGUCUAAAGACAAAAGUGAUAUUAUAUUUUUGCUGAGUAUCAUAUUUACACUUAAUUAUUUUAGAGUAUCUUAAUGCAUAAUCAGAAUUUUGCAUUACAUAUGCGUGUCCUCAAUUCAAAUAGUUUUGUUACUUAAUGCACAGGUGCAUUUUUUUCUCUUAUGAAAGAGAGAGAUCUUGUUAUUUAUUAGCAUUUUUUAUUGUUAGUGUUUUGUUUAGUGUGGGUACGUUACAAUGUGUGUGUUUUUCAAACAGAGUUUUUUAAUGUGAAAUGAAUGCAAGAGUGAGUUCAUAUAGACUAAAAACAAAUUAUAGUGCAUAGUAUAUAUUAUUUCCUAUGUAGCUUGUAACACAAGCUUUGAUUGGUUACAAGGUCGGGUGUAAAUUUCCCUACACCUGACUUGAGCCGGGGGGUAAAAAAACAUGAUGUCACAAUGUAUAGUUUCUCUAUGAUAAAAAGCAAAUAACAUGACGUCACGAUGCAUUGUAGGACAUAGUAAAUCUUUAUCAGUAGCUUGAAACACAGUUGAUUGGACCUGUUUACAAGUAAUUUAUUUGGGUUAACAUAAUAUUCUUUUCUGUAUUGCAUUUUUGUCUUCCAUAAAAUAACAAUAAGAUUUAUACUGUAUAUUUGAAAUUCAUAUUUAUUGUCACUAUAAAACAAUUUGUCAAGUAGAAUGCAGAAUGUGUUUUUAGAAUUGAGUAAUGUGCAAUAUAUCUUUGAUUUAGAAGUGUAUUCCAAUGUGCUGUUGAUUGCACAAAAGCUGGAAGACUAAAUAGAGGAUAUUCAAUGUUUUGUAGAUAGAUAUGGAAUUUAUUUCAUGAAUGGGACAGGAUUUUUAGCUCACCUCAACGAAGUUGGGGGAGCUUAUGUAAUACCCUCGGCGUCGGCAUCCCAGGUUAAGGUUUUUGGAGCAGUUUUCUUUUCAAGCACUUCUAUGGCCUAUAUUUGUCAGAGAUGCAUGGAGGAUGCUUCUAGUGUGUUUUAUUGUAACAGUCAAGGUUUCAGAUGCUGCAAUUUCAGCUAAAGAAUGACCAGGUUAAUGUUUUUGGAGCAGGUUAAAGUUUUUGGAGCAGGUCUCAUUUCCAAGUAACUAUAAGCCCUAUAUUGACCAAACUUGCAUGGAUGAGACAUCUAAGGAUGCACACUACUGGACUUACUUCGGAUGCUGGAUAUGACUUAUAUUUUCCGGAUGAGUGACCAGGUUAAGGUUUUUGGAGCUGAUCUCAUUUCCAAGUAACUAUAAGCCCUAUAUUGACCAAACUUGCAUGGAUGAUACAUCUAAGGAUGCACACUACUGGACUUGCUUCAGAUGCUGAAUCUGACCUAUAUUUUAUGGAUGAGUGACCAGGUUAAAGUUUUUGGAGCAGAUGUCAUCUCCAAGUAUCUAUAAACCCUAUAUUGACCAAACUUGCAUGGAUGAUACAUCUAAGGAUGUACACUACUGGACUUGCUUCGGAUGCUGGAUAUGACCUAUAUUUUCCGGAUGAGUAACCAGGUUAAAGUUUUUGGAGCAGAUCUCAUUUUCAAGUAACUAUAAGGCCUAUCUGAACCAAACUUGCACGGAUGAUGCAUCAAGGGACGAACAAUCUCAAAACUUGCUACGGAUGCUGGAUUUGACUUACAUUUUCUGGAUGAGUGACUAGUUUUAAGUUUUCAGAUAAGUCUAUUCCCAAGUAACUGCAAGCUCUAUCAGAUCAAAAUUGCAUAAAUGUUGCAUCUAGGGAUGCACACUCCUAGAUUAUUAGUUUAGUGUGGGACUCUGCCUUACUUAAAGACAACAUUCGUUGAUGUGAGCUCUGUAAUCUCUGAUUACCCAUGUUUGAUAUUUUCACGAGUGCGAAGCACGAGUGAAAGUAUCAAAAAAUCCUGUCUCGCAAGUUAUAAUUACAUAUGACAAUAUUUAUACUAUUUAAUAACAAAAUGCUGCAUUUGUUUUAGUGUGAAAUUAAAGUAUGUUAAUAUUAGAAAACGUACACAAAAUCUCAAAAAGAGAAAAAUUCAUCAAUUCAUGGUAUUUGAUUUCAUAAAUUCACGAUUAAAUAAAAAAUGAUUUUAAAGAUGUAUAUAACUUAAAAAUCAUUGACAAGAAGAAUUAACAAAAAUGACUAAAGAAUAUGAUAUGAUUGAGUAAGAGUUAUGAAAUGCUAUGACAGGAAAAUUGUUUGCAUGGUAAUUUUAUUUGGUACAAUUUUAUAAAAGUCAUUGUUUUCUUUUUCAUUUGAAAUGCAGCUUUACACUUUCACUAAAUUGGCACACAACACCCAUUUUCGUGAAGAAGAAAACAUGUUCAUUGGCAUACUACAGUGAAUUAUUUGUGCUGUUUAAAUUUUUUCUUGAUAGUUAUGCUCAUAUUUUAUCUAGGCUUAAUAAAUUUUCUCUAGCUACCUUGAGCCUGUCCAAAUUAUAAUGAGUUGAAAUCAACAAUUUACAUAAAAACACAUUAUAGCAUGAAGCAUGGAUUUCAUAACUCUUUGUAAGUUGUAGUUAAAGAGCAGAAUAUGUUGUUUUUAGUCUCGUUGAAAGACGAUAUGAUAUAUUAUCCUUGCUGCAGCAAGAUUCUCGGCGUACAUUGUAUCUAAUGGGAUCUGUAAAGUUAAAAAGUCAAUUUUUAGCCCUCACAUUUAAGCACUGCCUUAUACCUGAACAGUCAAUUUUUUCAUGUAUUGAUGUACACUUUAUUAGAAGGUGAAAUAAA